AUGUCUUCCUCUCGUUCAUCAUCUCCUGCCCUCGACACCCUCAUGUGCUCGGUGGCCACUGCACCUGCAGCCUCUGCCACGGAUGCUCCUCUCACCACUGAACUUUUCCUUCCUCAGCCCAGUCCUCGUUCCUUGCCCUCACCUUCCAUGGUGGUUCCUCCACCUUCUCCUGUCAUCGAGAAGUCCACGCCAUGGGCGACCUACACAUCGCCUGGUGAAGAGCUCACCAUCGAGGGCCAUGAGUCUUUGUGCACCAGCUUUCUCGGCCACUUGCAGUCACCAGCGCUGAUGCCGGCUCAGUGCCACAAGCUUGAGGUUGGUCUGGAUGUUAUGCGGAGGGCUCAUGAUGUUCCCAAGGAUGGGGCACUGCCAGUUACUUGGGACUCGCUCGACUUCUUUGCUUUUGCCACCAUGGCUGUUCCUGCCGACACUCCUCCUGCUUCGAAGGCCAAGCCUGCUCUUGUUUCGAAAGCCAGGCUCAAAGUUUUUGUCAUCCUGGAUGAUCCUCGUUUGAAGGCUAAAGGCAAGGUCUGUGCUCGCUCACCCACGCCCCUACCCCCUUCUCCUUCACCAUCCAUUCCUUCUAACGAAAACUACAUUUCUUCAGAGUCUGAGGCCAUGGUGGCCCUUGCCACCCCCAAGGCACCUAGCCCUCCACGGCAUUCCACCAAGUCUGCUGCCUUGAAGCGCAUCCGGGUUGAGUCUAGUGAAGGGGAGUCCAAGCCCGACUCUCCUAGCGACAUCGAGAUGGUGAAGUCCAAACCUGCCGUUGCUGUCGUUGCUACAGCUUCUUCAGCUAAGGAUCCUUCUGUGAACCCGCCGUUCUCAAUUCAAAACCCAGCUCAUCCACCUAUGUAUGCUGUUCUGGCUUGGUCUCAUCUGGGCUCGCUAACCCAUUAUCGCUCGGUCGCCUCAUGUCCCCAGUGCUUCCACUGCUUCAAGCAGGGCAUACCAAAUUUCUGCUUCUUGAUGGAGAACAAGCUGCAGUGCCUCAAAUGUCAGCGCAUCG